UAAACAAAACUGAUAACUGGAAAUAAAUAUUUAUACUUUACAUUUUAUGAACUAUUAAGAAUAAAUAUUAUGUAUUCAAGUUUUAUAAAAUGAUGUGUAUUGUUUUAUAGAAAAGAUACGGAGUAAAACUUUGGUUUAUUUCUUUGGGAUAAGCUUAGCAAGAUUUCUGCACAAUGUCGAGAAAGCCGAGCAUGGGAUCUAGCUAUGUAACAGAGAAAAGACUAUCACAAUGGGAAGAGCUUAUGAGGAAAUUCUCUGAAGCUCAUAAAGACACAUGCAAGGUAGCCUCAGUGGACAUACCGCGCGUUGAACGGUCUACCAAAUACUUCCCGACGGGAUCACAGUAUCAAGGCACGUGGGAUGUGCUCGGAAUGAGCGGUUUUGGAGAAUAUACUUUUCCUAAUGGUGUAACAUAUGAAGGUGACUUCCUAGAAGGUAUGUUCCACGGCAAAGGUGAGCUUCGAUACAGUGGCGGUGUAUGCAUACGAGGGAAAUGGAACAAGGGAGAGCUGACGGAACGAACCCUGGUCUUCAACGACAGCGUGGAGUACUCUGAGAAGAAUUGGAAGUACUGCUCUAAGCAAGAUAGAAGAUUCGCGAUAGAAUAUGACAUAGAGCUGCAGCCUGCUGGCAAGUCUUACCUGACAGCCGAUCAACCGACGAAGAAGAUACCUUAUGGAUACUAUGACAAUGGGGAAGGGUUCUAUGAUCCUAAAACUGGAGUCAUUUAUAAGUAUGACGAUCUCUCUUCCAUACACAGAUCCCCAUUAAAGGCUGAGCAUACAUGGAUUAUAGAGAACUGUCGCAAAAACCCCGAAGAGCCUUUAGGGGCUCGUCAGAAUUUGUACGAGGAGUUUACAGAGCCUCAUCUGCGGAAACGCGAACCUCCACCUCCUGCAGCUGGUAUUAAGAACGCCAUGACCUUCUUCAGGUCACAAUCCAUUUUUGAGGAGGAUUUCGACUUCUCCCCCGAACAUUCCCUACACGGAUUCUACGACCCCUCGCAAGUUUUCGCGAAGAGCCAACAGUUUACCUUUCAUAAACCAUACAUAUUCUACCACGGACCUAAAGAUCGAUCUAUGGAGUUUGAAGCAUAUAGCAAAGAUGCUAACGAUAAUGCAGAGUUUAGGGACUCGAGUGACUCCGAAAUAGUAGGGUCGACAAUGGAUUUUGGCAGUGUUUCGAGCGAUCCAAGUUAACAUAAAUUUGAGAAAAUGCUUGCAUCUUUUUGUGUCAAAAAGAGAAAAUCCGCUAAAUUGUUAUGUUUCAUUAAUUUCGACUUG